CUAAAGCAUGAUUGUGCCCUGUGAGAUUUUUAAUCAAAAGCUCCCUUAGAUUGGUAAUUUUUGAGGUGUUAUUGUUAUGUGUAGCAAUGUUAUGCAAUGGAAGGUAAACUUGUGCAUUUUAAUAUUGUCUCACAUCUUUGCAAUGAUCAUAAGCAUUUUUCAAGUCUCUGGUGGUGAAUCCAACCUUAUGUUCUGAUGAAUCAUUUCACUCCUUUUCUAGAAAGAAUGCAGCAGGUACUGAGAACACUGAAAUAACAUUCUAUAGAUGAUGAUGUAAAACGAUGAGAAUUUGGCCAAUUAUUUAAUUUGAUUUUUUAUAUUGCCUGCUACUUUCUCUACUGUUGUUCUUCCAAGCAUGUUUGCCUUGAGCUAAAUGUAGUACCUGUGGGAUUUACAAUUGAAAGGUAUACAGUAAGAUGAAGGCAACAGAGGUUCUUAAUGGCUUACUGGGAAUGGAUGCUAAGAUGUUACUUAAAUACUUUGGGUCUCAAUUGACAUUACAAAAGGCUGGUUGUAAGUGCAAUGCCUUUUGUGCCAUGGUGCAGGUGGGAGCUAAACACAAUGAUAAUAUCUAUAUUAAGAUAAAGUGGAUGAGGCAAAUGUGAAUUUUGUUGGUGGAUAUUUCAUGGUAGCCUAAUCAUAAAUGAGAGAAGAUUGGAUGAAAGAAAUAGAGUAAGUGAAACAACAAGGAUUUGGGCCUAUGAGAGAUAAAAGUAAUUUAGUAAAUGAGUCCCUCUCAUGGAUUGAGUCAGAUAUGGAAUUUAUUUUGUGUCAAGUCCUCAUCAUUAUGCAGACUUUUUUUUUGUCAUCAAUGAUGAUUGUGGUUAACUAUUUAACUUUAUAUGUGUAAAAGAAUAUAUAUGUAUAUAUGUAUAUAUAUAUAUAUACGUAUAUAUAUAUAUAUAUAUAUAUAUAUAUAUUUUGGGUGCUCCUCCAUAAAGUUUUGUGGACUUUAAAGUGCUCCUACCUAUCAUUUUGGAAAUAAUUAUUACAUAAGGAAUUGGGAGGCAGUCAACCUCAUUCCUUUCAUGUUGAAGAAAAACUAACAUGUAAGCUCAAAAGGUUUAGAAGUAACAAUUAAAUGUGUAUUUCAAGAUUCGUUAAUUACCUUUAACUCUUGUAGUAGAGUUUAUGAUAAUUUGCAUCACUAGUAUUUCAGAUUUAUGCACACUAUCUUGACCCAUUGUCAACUCGUUUUUUUUCUGCCUAGCCAUGCCUUCGUGCAUGUCUUAGUAUCAUUUCAGAUAGGAUCAUAAUAUUAUCAAUCAUCUUUAUCAAUGCGUGAUAUGCGUUUUAUAUUUUGAUAUCAGUUGUUCCGUCUUUGCUGUGCAGGAGUUGUAGAACUGAUAGAACUUGCAAGUUCAUCAACAAUAUUGGGAAGAUACUCUUUUUUCUUUAUGACUGAAUAAUAAUGUCCCAAAACUUUUUGUCAACACACGUAUGUCUCAAUUUUGGAAAGCCAGACAUUAAUGAAAUGAAUUUAUGGAAGUGAGAAAAGUAGAAUUCAUGAAUUUAAAUCAGACAAAUAAUCUAAGUAAAAUCGUGCACUUAUAUCAUGUUAAUGAACCAAUGCAAUGUGAACAUAAAACAUAAAGGAUAGGAUACUUUCUUUCGGAUGCUCACGAAGUUGGCAUGUAUAGAUUGAUUGUAUCCAGUUGAAAAUGUGGCCUGCUAUAAUUAACAGGUGUUGUGAUAUAUAUAUAUAUAUAUAUAAUUUAAUUCAUGAUCAUCGAUCAGCGGAUAAUUAUUUCUUUUUUUUGCAUGAGGAUCAUGGACAAUAGUCGAGGCGGACAACAACAUAGUGGGGAUAAUUGAUGAAGUAAAAAAUGACGAAACGUGUAUAAAAGUACAGUAAAAAACGAUGAUAGAUAGAAGUAAAAUGAAUAUUAAAAAAAAAUAUUUUUUAAUUUAGAUAAUUUCAUAAGAAAAUUUUAAAGUUAAAGGUUUUUUUUAUAAAAGAAUUCGUCGGAUGAUCAAAUCACUUUUCUCAUGAAAAGAGUGUUUUCUUAUGGAGCGAUAAAAUUAUAUAAAUAUUUUGUCGAUCACUUUAUCCAUUUUUGUGAUAUAAAUAAAUUAUUCCUGCAGUUUUGCAUUUCUUGUGCAUAGCGAAGCUUAUACACACACUAUAUAUAGGAAUUAGGGUACCCCUCUCAAGUCUCUUUCGUCUCCCACAAUGGCGGCUGCGACGCUCCGCUCCGUACUCCGCCGCAAUCGCCUCCUGCCCUUGUUCGAAACCUGCCACCUUCGAGAUCGCCUCUUCUUCUCCUCCUCUGUCGACGCUGCCGCCGUCACCGUAGGCGGCACCAUGUCUCCAGAUCCCCACUUCAUGGUGGAAUACCUCGUAAACUCCUGUGGGUUCUCCCCCUCCGAGGCAGCCAAGUUCUCUAAACCCCUUGCGCGCCUCCGAUCCACCGAGAAACCCGACGCCGUCGUUAACUUCAUGAGAUCUCGGGGCUUCGAUGGCGCCGGUAUCAGGAAGGUGAUAUCUCGGAAUCCCAGUCACCUAUGCGUGAACGUGGAGAAGAACUUGGUCCCGAAGUUUCAGUUCUUACGCGAUUUGGGCCUAUCGGAGUCGGAUAUCGUCGAUGUCAUCCUGAAGGACAGUGCCAUCCUCCUCUUCGACGUUCACCGUUCCUUCGUCCCCAAAUUGCAGAUGUGGGAAAGUCUCUUGGGAUCGAGAGAGCUCGUUCUCAAGCAUCUCAAGAAGUCAGGAUGGUUUUUCUACUCCAGCGUUGAGAAGACAUUGCAUCCUAACCUAAAGUUCUUGCGGGAUGAGUGCGGCAUUCCUGAAGAAAGGCUCUCUCUCGCCUUGAGAAGUCGCCCACAAUUAAUCUCACGGAAACCAGAGUCACUCCGAGCUUUGGUGGCGAGAGCCGAUGAGCUGGGGACGCCACGGCUAUCUCGGAUGUUCGUGUGGACACUUGGUGUUCUCCAAAUGAAGAGGGUAAUUCCUCGGUUUCGUGUUUUGGAGAUGUUGAAUACGAAAGGCUUGUGGACUCGACGAGGCAAGUUUUUCCACUAUGUGCAAUUAUCAAAUACAAAAUUCCGGGAGAAGAUUGUUCUACCUUACAAAGAAAAGGUUCCUGAGCUUCUUGAUAUUUUGAGAGCAGGUGAGUGUGAAGGGAAAUGAGCCCUUUUAUUUGGUAUCAGAGGAGGAUGAGAAGGGCUUAGCUGAUGGUCUAACUCACAUGUGAAUUUCUCAACAGGAGAUGAGCAGUGAUUCGGCACCUUUUUCCUUGACAACGAGCUGUCUUACAUCAACCACCAGCCUUGGCUACUGAGGUGCAGUCCAGUGAAAGAAUUAUUCCUUGGUGUCUUAUGGUAGUAAUGUUGUAAUUGGAAGGUAUAUGCAGUGCACAACACAAUGUGUUCCUUUUUACUCGUUGAGGUUCAUGUCAAAGUCCUUUCUUUGUUGCAAAGAAGAAGUCCCUGGAUGCUUGUUCAUAGUUUUUGUUUUAUUUUUUAGUGUGUUAGUUUAUUUAAUGAUGAUGUAAAACGAUGAGAAUUUGGCUAAUUAUUUAAUUUGAUUUUUUUA